ACCGCAGCGCCGCGGCAGUCGUGUUUACAGAUUUUGCCAGUUGAGUUCCGUAACGUCACGUCAAAAAAGUGCAACACACGAAUUUCUACCACGUUUUACUAUGUAAAAGGUGCGUUCCCCGACGGCGGAGAUAAUGUAGGUAUAGUUCAUUAAAACAAGGCCUUUAGGAUAUAAUUAUAUUUAAUGUCAGUAUAUAAGCUGGAUGCUUGUUAUUGGUGGUGUAAUCAUUGGACCAAGAAAUAUUGAGACAUUUGAGGCGUAGCGAAGAACGUGUAAAAUGACGAUUGCCACUAGGGGCCAGGGAGUUGGCAUAGACCCUCCCGACAGCCAGCAAAAUACGCAGAUGCACAGUCCACCAGGUCCACAACAAUUGGCUGACACAAUGUCGGGACUCCAGCUCACCGAGAAUGUGGUACAAACGGAGUGCAACAAUGACGCUAUCACUACGGUAGAAGAUAGCAACCAGCUUCAUGAAGAGCCUGAGUUUCCUAUUUUCAAACUUAAUAUGCUUCAUGAGAAGAUAUCUAGUCCACGAUGGGUUGUACCAGUUCUACCCGAACAAGAAUUAGAGUGCCUGUUACAAGCCAGUAUCGAACUUUGUAAAAAAGGAAUUGAUGUACAAAGUGAAGCGUGUCAGCGCUUUUUUCGAGAAGGUCUCACAAUCUCAUUUACCAAGAUAUUAACAGAUGAUGCAGUAAACAGUUGGAAAUUGAAUAUUCACAAUUGUAUCAAUACUAAUUGUGCACGUUUGGUGGAACUAUGUGUCCUGAAAUUAGAUGAGGACUGGUUUCCUCUACUUGAUUUACUGGCCAUGGUUUUUAAUCCUAGUAAUAAGUUUCACACAGUAAAUGCAAUAAGAGUUUCAGAAACUGUUCCUCCUGGUAGUGAUAUUCCUGAUGAGGAACUUUAUGCUCGUCCACCAUCUGAUUCACGAGCUCCUCGUGGUUGGCUGGUAGAUCUUAUAAACAGAUUUGGGAGUCUCAAUGGAUUUGAAAUUUUACUUUCGAGAUUUCAGAGUGGACGUAAUUUAACAGUGCCAGUUAUUUAUGCUUUAAUCAGACCCUUUGGCUUGUGUUACGAACUGUUAACUGUUCACACGAUAGUUAAAUAUCUGAUGCCUAUUGUCGAAAUGGUACCUCUUAUUUUGAAUAACCUAACUGACGAUGAGUUGAAGAAAGAGGCGAAAAAUGAAUCAAAAAACGAUGCAAUAUCAGCCAUAAUCAAAGCUGCUAAAUGCUUGGUAUCGCGCGUACCUCAUCAGGAAGAGAUGAUAAAGAACUUGGAAAUACUGAGACUGAAAAUGAUAUUGAGACUCUUACAAAUUUCUUCGUUUAACGGAAAGAUGAAUGCUUUAAAUGAAGUUAAUAAAGUAAUAUCUAGUGUUAGUUAUCACCAACACCGUAAUACAAUAGCAGAGGAGGAAGAGUGGCUUACAGCAGAGCGUAUGGCAAAAUGGAUUAAAGACAAUGGGGUAUUGGAAAUCGUAUUGAGGGAUUCAUUGCAUCAGCCGCAGUAUGUAGAGAAACUGGAGAAAAUUUUACGCUUUAUUAUAAAAGAACGUGCACUUACAUUAGAAGACUUAGACGCUGUUUGGGCUGCACAAGCUGGUAAACACGAAGCAAUUGUGAAGAACGUUCAUGACUUGUUAGCCAAAUUAGCUUGGGAUUUUAGUCCUGAACAACUUGAUCAUCUGUUUGAGUGUUUUCAGACAAGUUGGAGAACCGCCAACAAGAAACAACGGGAAAAGCUGUUAGAAUUGAUCAGAAGACUCGCGGAAGACGAUAAAGACGGUGUUAUGGCGCACAAGGUGUUAACACUCUUUUGGACUUUGGCACAUUCUGACGAAGUCCCUACAGAGAUCAUGGAUCAGGCACUGAACGCUCAUGUAAAAAUUCUCGAUUACUCAUGCUCGCAAGAGAGAGAUGCGCAAAAGGCAAUCUGGGUGGACAAGUGCGUCGAAGAAUUGAAGAACGGUGAUAAGUGGGCCCUCCCUGCGUUGAAGCAAAUUCGAGAAAUAUGUUGCCUUUAUGAACCAAAUCCCAACCUAGGUCAUAGUCAGCGUAGCCAUCAUUUGCAUUACAGGCAAGAAGUAAUAGAGCGUUUACAAAACGAACAUUCAGUAGUAAUUCUUGUAACAAAUAGCUUAACAAAUUAUAUGGAUAAAGUGCGGCAGUUGGUGAAGGAAAAUCCUGAAAUUGACGCAAAUACUUUUAUGCCUGACGGUCGAUAUAAUCAUAUUAUGCAAGUGCAAGAAAGAUUGAAUUUCUUGCGCUUCUUAUUAAAGGAUGGACAAUUAUGGCUAUGUGCUGAUCAAGCAGAACAAAUUUGGCAGUGUUUAGCUGAGCAAGGUGUAUUUGUUUCGGAUCGCGAGGCGUGCUUCAAAUGGUUCUCCAAACUUAUGGGAGACGAACCGGAUCUGGAUCCAGCAAUAAACAAGGAUUUUUUUCAAAACAAUAUACUGCAAUUAGACCCGACAUUGCUUACAGAAAGCGGUAUUAAAUGUUAUGAAAGAUUUUUUAAAGCCGUUAAUUCUAAGGAAGGAAAAUUGAAACUGAAACGUAGAACAUUUCUCAUGGAUGAUGUGGAUUUAAUUGGAACUGAUUAUUUGUGGAGAGUAGUAACAAACAGCCCGGAAGAAAUUGCAAACAGAGGCAUAGAACUCUUGAAGGAGGUGAACACCAAUUUAGGGCCGCGGUUGCAGUCGUCCGUUUUGGCAUUUCACGAAACAUAUAUAGCGGAGUGUAUGGACAGAUUGAAGGCUCAUUAUGACACGGUGACUGUUUUGAGCAGAGUAUACUUGGAUGGGAAGGAGGAGCGUGAAGAACAAAUGACAAACAAGAUUAAAAUGGAGGCCAUAAAAAUGUGUCGCGUUAUGAAAGUUUUACAGGAAUACAUAAACGAGUGCGACACAGCUUUUCCAGGGGAACGGAAAAUAUUACCGUUGCACAGAGCAGCUCGUGGCAAGCAUCUAUCACUUGUUAUUCGUUUUGCGAAUACCGGUCGAGUACCGCUUGACGACAUAGAUAUCUUUACACACAGCAAUGACACUUUAGCUUCGUUGAGACGUCAGAUAUUACGCAGGAUCAAAGCAAGCGGGGCAAAUGUGAAACUCGAUUUAUUUAUUAAUGGAGAAUCGUUAGAGCAAUCCGAUGAGAGAAAACUCCUUUCUCAGAUUCCGCUGAGAGACAAAAUGUUAUUGUCUGCGAAGCUCACUCAAGUAACUAGCAAUAUGCCAAGCUCACCGGACAGUAGCUCUGAUAGCUCUACUAGUUCUCCGCAUCAUCCGUACGACGGGCCGAAUGUAGAGGCAGAGAAUAGUUUACCUGGUGUGGUAAUGUCACAAAGAUCGCAAUAUGCGACAUUUUUCUUUCAAUUAGCAGACCUUGGCUGUACUCUUCAGCAUUCGCAAUUGCGUGAUGGUGCACGAAAUCUCUUGCAAUUAGUGCCGCCAGAUACCUUCACUGUGACAAGAUUACAGUGGCUAUUUGGCCAUUACAAGGACGACGAAGCUUUACAAAACCCUUCUCAAUAUCAUUGUAACGAGCAGAAUACGACAGUAGAUUCUCUAUUUUUUACUGCAAGUCCUAGCCAAGUUUUAUACAAUUUAGAGGUGUUGUACACUUUGUUAAUGCCGGCUCUCGACCCUAUGUCGGAGAGAGCGUUUGAAUUUCAAUAUAAUUUCAUAAAAAGCGGCGAAGCAGGCGUUAUCCUCGACAUGCUAACCAAAAAUAAGUUUUUACCAAAUGCGGACGAGACUACGAAGCGAUCUGCCUAUCUAACCGUGCUGAGAUUGUGCAAGCUUCUCUUGACAGUGGUGGGCAAUGUGAUGGCAUGCGUGAUGGACGAGGUUCAGCAGACUGGAACUUCGGAGAAUCACGACAAUCACGUUAACAACCGCGGGCGGGUGUCGGUAUUGAAACAGGCUCUCCAGAGUGUACCGAAUCAAAGUACCGAAUACAUGCUGAGAAGCGUGGCGGCCAAACUGGCGCAGCAUCUGGCGCAUCGAAUGCUAUCCGGCGGGCCCGAGGCUGAUCGAUGUCGGCAGCUCUUUGUGCAGGCCCUCUCAUGGGAAUUACCGGAUGUGGCUACUAUACGUGCCAUAAUUAGACUAGCGUGGGCCGCAUCCACGGGUAACUUGAACAACGUUAACGCGUCGAACGAGGUGCUUCACUCGAUGCACGAGGCCAACCAGAAGGAACAGAGAAACCCCGAUAAUAACGACGUUCUUGUGUGCAAGGAAGCACUCGAGGUACUGACAAUCGCCCUCGUGUUGAAUCCGUCGGCAUUGGAAACGUUGUCGAGGGACAAGAUAUGGCACACCUUCUUGAUAGAUCUCGUGCUACUCAGUACGUCAAGAGCCAUCAGGAUCGCCGCCGGCGAACAAUUUUUUCUCAUAUCGACAUGGUGCAGCGGCGGACACCAGACACUACUGGUCACCAUAACUCUUCUCUUCACCGUUCUGAACAGUACCGUUAUGGAGAACGCGAAACAGAGUCACGAGUACUUUCAGCUUUUGUGCCGACUGUUGAACUUCGCGCAUAUAUCAAGUUGUCCCCUCACGACCGCGGAGACGCUGUUAAACGUCGAGAUCGCCUGGUUGAAGAAAGUUCGCGAUAACGUGAAGGAGACCGGAGAGAGCCAGGUGGACGAAGCCUUGCUCGAGGGUCACCUCGGUCUAACGAAGGAACUGCUGGCCUUUCUACCGCCGAACCAGAAGUACGAGAUCGGUUCCGACGAGAAGCACGGGGUCAACUUGAUCAAGGAGCUGGUCGAGGAUUUUGUGUUCCCCGCGUCUCGCCUCAUGCUGCAGCUUCGCAGCACCGGCGAGCUCAGCGCUUCGCAGGCGUGCCCGGUGUGUACCACCCCUCAGUCAACCAGCGCUGCAUUCGACUUGCUCGUAGGUCUUUGCAUAGGCUGUGUACCCAACAUGAAACUUCUAGUCACAAUGCUCACCGACAUGUUCUACUCCGAGAAGGACGAACCAUUAGUGGAGUGGGAUUAUUUACCGCCUGUAGGGCUCAGGCCGCUCAAAGGCUUCGUAGGCUUGAAGAAUGCAGGGGCUACCUGUUAUAUGAAUUCAGUAUUACAGCAGUUGUAUAUGGUGGAGAGCAUUAGAGUUGGACUUUUGGCGGCCGAGGGCGCGGCGACUGAUCUGAACGAGGACUUUUCCGGUGAAGAGAGGAUCGAGGGGGAGCAGACAAUCGAAACAAAUGAUAACGACACGAACGAAGAAAAGUGCGGUGCGGAUGAAUCCAGGAAGGAGUAUAACAUCGGCAUUUUGAAGCAAGUGCAAGCGAUAUUUGGUCAUCUGGCUUACAGUAAACUACAAUAUUACAUACCUAGAGGACUGUGGAAGCACUUCAAGCUUCAAGGAGAACCUGUAAAUCUUAGGGAACAACAGGACGCAGUAGAAUUCUUCAUGAGUCUGGUAGAGAGUCUAGACGAGGCAUUGAAAGCCUUGGGACACGAGCAGAUAAUGGGCAAGAUUCUUGGUGGCUCAUACAGCGACCAAAAAAUCUGCAAAGGUUGCCCUCAUAGAUAUUCCAAAGAGGAGCCAUUCAGCGUGAUAAGUGUGGACAUACGGAAUCACAGUAAUUUACUGGAUUCUCUUGAGCAAUACGUGAAAGGAGAGCUGCUGGAGGGUGCAGACGCCUACCAUUGUGAUAAGUGCAACAAAAAGGUCGUAACAGUAAAGAGAUUGUGCGUGAAAAAGCUGCCGCCUAUUUUAGCAAUUCAAUUGAAAAGAUUUGAGUACGACUUCGAACGUGUAUGUGCUAUAAAAUUCAACGAUUACUUUGAGUUUCCACGAGAUUUGGACAUGGAGCCUUACACUGUCUCCGGCUUAGCUAAAUUGGAAGGAGAAGUUAUAGACUGUGAUUAUGAGGAGUCUGUAAAGGGAACGUGCACGAAGUAUCAAUUGACCGGUAUCGUCGUUCACAGCGGUCAGGCUAGCGGUGGCCAUUACUAUUCCUACAUUCUACACAGACUGAACGAUGGUACGGCAAAGUGGUAUAAGUUCGACGACGGCGAUGUAACGGAAUGCAAAAUGGAAGAAGAAGAAGAGAUGAAAUCUCAAUGCUUUGGCGGUGAUUAUUUGGGGGAGGUAUUCGAUCAUAUGCUCAAGCGGAUGAGUUACCGCAAACAGAAGCGAUGGUGGAAUGCGUACAUGUUAUUUUAUACAAGAUUAGAUGUAGAAGAAAAUUCUCUAAUGAAAAGUGUAAAUGAACUAUCAUUGUAUACGAAACUAGGAGUUAUGAAAAUGCCACCAGCGAUAGAAUACAGUGUGAGAAAGCAAAAUAUAAAAUUUAUGCACAAUCGAAAUCAAUUUAGUGCUGAGUACUUCCAGUUCAUCAAGAAAUUGGUGUCCUGCAAUCCUCAUAAUAUCAAUCGGCAAAAUCUAAAUGAGAAACUUAGCUCCGAAGCGGAAGAACUUGCGAUGCUAUCGGUGCAGUUGGCAUCAAGAUUUCUGUUCUAUACAGGUUUUCACACUAAGAAAACGUUACGUGGCACGGCAACGGACUGGUACGACAUCGUGUGCCAUCAUUUGCGUAGCAGUAAAGCAGUGCGUUCUUGGUUCGCCAAUGAAGUAUUGUUCAAUCAUCCACAUAGAUUUUGCGAAUACCUCUUGAGUUGUCCCAGUACAGAAGUGCGCACUGCUUUCCUCAAAAUUUUGGUAUUCCUCGCACAUGUCUCUUUGCAAGAUGGUCCAUGUGCUCCGCCCAGUUUGAAUGCACCGACUAUACUCUUAGAUCCAGUAGCGACACUCAGCGAUCACCUGUUACACGCGGUGCUGUCGCUGCUGCACCGUGAAAUUUCGGACCACGGCCGUCAUCUUCCUCACUAUUUUUCUCUCUUUCACGCGUACGCUUCGCUUGGUCUUGCCGAAAAGGCGCAACUGCUUAAGCUAAAUGUACCAGUUACGUUUAUGUUAGUCGCCAUCGAUGAAGGCCCAGGUCCUACCAUAAAAUAUCAGUAUCCGGAAUUGACUAAACUUCACCAGGUAGUUAGCAUGCUGAUACGGUGCUGCGAUGUGUCGUCGAAAGUGCACUCGAGUCAGCAGCCUCGUGCGGAACCUUUACCAAAUCCGUAUGGCGAUCCUGCGUGUCAGUCGGAGUAUCUCAUGCCCAUUCAGUCACAAGCAGCUGAUAUAUUGUUUAUUCGUACCAGUUACAUCAAGAAAUUGAUUGAGGAUGCUAACGUGACAGAAGAUACAGUUAAAUUAUUGCAAUACUGUUGUUGGGAGAAUCCACAUCUGUCGCGAACGGUGCUUAGUGAGCUGUUGUGGCAGAUAGGAUUCGCUUACACCCACGAGUUGAGGCAUCAUACAGAUCUGCUGCUUGCGAUACUACUGAUGGAGGAUUCAUGGCAGACGCAUCGCGUACACAAUGCACUUAAGGGAGUUCCCGAUGAGCGAGAAGGUUUAUUCGAAACGAUACAGAGAAGUAAAAACCAUUAUCAGAAGAGAGCCUACCAGUGUAUUAAAUGUAUGGUGCAGCUCUUCAGUAAAUGCAGACCAGCGCAUCAGCUUUUACAUCACAGUCCGGAGUUGAAAAGAAAAUGGAGUCACGCGAUAGAUUGGCUCCACGACGAACUUGACAAGCGACCAUAUGCCUCUACGGCGCCUUACACCCACGCGUAUAACAACUGGUCGCCACCAACGCAGUCCAAUGAUUCCGCAAACGGUUAUGUUUUGGAACGUAGCAAUAGCGCAAGGAAGACGUUGGAGCGAGCGUGCGAACUGUGUCCUGAUGAGGAACCAGAAGUCGAAGAGACGAGCGAAGAUUGUGCGGAAGAAGCCGAGAAAUAUCAACGUACAUUCAAAUAUCAAUCUAUUCCAUCCAUAAAUAAAUAUGAGAAAUAUGAUGUCCGAACUAAGAGACGCAAUCUCAGACACAGUGGUUUAGAUUGGGCAUCUGGAGUGCACUUGGAUUCUAAGUGCGUUAUGGAUUACCCCAUCAAUCGGGACUUCACCGUGAUCCAACAAAUGCAAGAAGAACAACAGCCUCAACCAGGACCUUCCCCAGUACACACACCCCACUUAGCGCUUCAAAUGCAUAAUCCACAAAACUGUGAGUCGUCACAAAAUACCAGCCAGGAUCCAUAAUGAACGCUGAAUACUGACGUUGUACCAAGUUGCUGCCUCAGUGAAACGAUUUCGGGAUACUUAGAUAUCACUGCGCCAGCAGCUUGGUGGCGAGCGGUAGCAGCACAUGUACAGAUAUAACAAGUGAGGAUUUGUUUUUUUAGUGACCAUUCUUUAACGAACUCAUGCUAAUCUCUUAGUUUCACUGUGGGUAGUUACUUUGAUAAUAUGACGCGCUAUGAAUGUUCGAACUGUAAUGAUGAAAUGGAAGACGGUUCCGACUGAAAAGUGAAUUAACGCAUGCUGGUUGAGGCAAUCAAUUCUCAACGAUAGUUUCUUUCUCCUUAAUCUCGACACCACCUCUAUGUUUGUAUCUCCCCCCGUCCCCCUCCCCCGGACGACCAUUUGGCUUCCAAUUCUAGAAAUGACAAUUUGACAAAAAGAUUGAAAAUACGCUGUCUUUUCUCGAGCGAUCGAUAAAGCUGUUAGUACAGCUAGGAGUUUUAUUUGCCUCGAUUAAUGCAUGUGGAUUCAAGCUUAGGAAUAUCGUAAGAUUGUAUAAAUGUAUAGCGAGUAGUGUGUUACGGAAUCCCGUUCUCUGCCGAUUAGAAGACAAAAAUAUAAAACAUAAUUUUCCGUAUGCCUAUGUAAAUUUGUUACUAAUAAAAAAAAAAGAAGGGAAGUUGAAAUGGAACUUUCUAACGAUCGAAAGAUAUGACUACAGAAAAAAAAAAGGGGAAAUAAGCUAGUAUGUUCUCAUCUCAUCUCAGAGAAAGCACAGUUAUCGCGAAAAAAAGCUAUGCUCUAACAUAUAUAUAAAAAAUAUAUAGCUACGCUAUAUAUGUAUACAUAGCUUUUGCUAUUUAAUCUUUUAACAACAAUAAAAGAAUCCUUCUUGUACUUAAUAAUCUCGAGCAUUCUGGAAGAAAGACACUUAUUGGCGGCCGGCCUGCCGUGCCGCUAAAUUUCAACAUACGCCAAUGAUGCCUCCUGUUGUGCUUUCUUUCAGUUCGACCGAUUUGAAAGAGUUGUGCCUUCGACAUUGUGCGACUCCCAUUGUACUUUUAGGUAGAUAUUUAAGAAUCAAGUUGUUGCUUCAAAUUUUGAUUGCUUAUAACUUCGCUUGUUGAGUUGAUCAUGGAGAGGAAAGGGGAAAAGGAAUCUAGAGGAAAUUAGAUCACUGAAAACGCGUGGGAUACGACGAGAGAAUAAUUGAUUUCGUCGACGGAGAGAUCGAUUGGAACGUAUCUCGGAGCCCAAAAAACGAGGUGGGCCACUUUAGUUUAUCAUGACGCACGUACACAUUAAAAUACGACAUCGAGAUGUCGGAUGUAUGGGCAGUUGCUUGGAAAAAAAAAAAAACAGGACACUGUCCUCAUCCGGAGUUCAAAUUUUUACGAAGAAAGGAAUUGAAAAGGAGCGGUAGACACAAAGAGGAUGUGGAGCAAACAAAUACUAGUUUGUAUCGUUGUAUGAUACGAUUCAUCGUUGAUAGAGCUGUGGUCUUUUCGCAAAAGUUGCGAAAGCGAUCAUGGCGCACAUCGUUUCGGCAAGCGUAUUUCCGGCAAUAUUACAUAACGGAGAUGCAUUCUAGAGGAGAGAACCGUGGACUAUGCGACGAACGACCCUCGAAUUUAUUUGAACUGGCCAUAGCUCUGACUUAUUGAGUAACGUGUGUUAUAUAUAGAUAUUAUAUAAAAAUGGUCUUUAAAAAGAGAGAAAAGAGAAAAUAAAAAAGUCGCGUGUGUAACGUGGAAUAAGCGAGCCGUGUGUAUACAUAUAUGAUUUCGUGCGAAAAAAAAAACCAACGACUAUGUCAAGACACCAGGAAGUAUGACGUAUCGAUUAUUAUUGUUCGUAUUUAUCGAAUACCGAGUUAAAUACAGUGUACCAAAUUAUAUAAUAGCUUCUAUUGGUUAAAUUAUAAUGGUACCUAAUCUUACUCGAGACAUGUACAUAUAGACAACCGCUUUUUAUAUGUGAUAAAAAAAUUAUUAUAUUCCUAUUAUACAUUGAGAUUUAGAGAAACGCUAUUGUAAAUCCUGGUUUUUGUACACAGACCGUAUGCUAAGUUCACUUUUGUUAACACGAACUGUAGUCUAUAAUUAUUUAAUAUUUAAUUGUAUCACUAAAUAAGCGUAUCAUGUACAAUACUUGAUUUUCUUUCUAUUUUUUUUUUCGUUAAAUUACUUCUCCGAAAGAUGAUAUAUGGGUCACAAACUGGAAGUGUCAUGAAUACUAGUGUCAUUUAUCUUAUGCGUGGUAGAAAUAAGGGAGACGUAAGCUACGAGACAUAGCCGAGCGCGUUGUUUCUUUAUUAAUUAGUGACAGACUGGAAUAUCGGUUUUCCUCUUCUUUUUUAUCCUUUACUUUUUUUUGCCAUCGAACGAGAUAACGCUCGGUGUUGUCGCGCCAGAGGGAAAGAAAAGAGGUGUGCGCAAGGGGCGGUAGAGAUUGACGGGAUGUCAUUUUUCUGUGCGUGUCAGGAUCACCGUCAGGGAUUAAGAUCAAGUAUAAUUUCAUUAAUUUACGGAGGCAAGCGAAAAAUCACCUGUAUGGAAUUUGUUUGCGGAACUCGAAAAGAGCGAGAGACCUUUCCUCGCGUACGCGAGAAUUUCAACCCGUCGAAAUUAUACCGAUUUCCACAACGCUUGUACAUAACGGAGGGAGGAGCGUGGAGGGAAGAGAAAGGUGAUCGUGUGCAGCAAUGUUUUUACACGAGACGUACGCGCGAUCCUGUUCCGCAGGUAAAUUGGAAGGAACUGUGUGUGUGCUUACGCUGAUGUCUAAUACAUGUUGCGUACACGUCGGUGGAGGUAGCCAUCGCGAAUUUACAUUCGUUUCAGAGUACGAGGGUCGUCGGACGGAAAAAAAAAAAAAAAAAAAGGAAAAGGAAUCAAAAUGCUCAAAGGCAAAUGUGCGUGAACUGUAACGUGCGUUAACGCGUGAGUCGCUUGCGCGUCGCCUGCGUGCGGAGCGCACGACGAGGUCAGAAUAGUAUCGUUUUUCGAGAUCGUAUGCGCAGUUAAUAAACUCUCACAAAAACGUAGCGGAGGGAAAAGAUGAAGAAGAGGAUGAGGAAGACGAA